AUGGAGUCUUUUACAAUGAAUCAAGAAACAGAAACCGUCGCAGGCGGCGGCGAUGAAUCCGGCGAUUCCGCCAAUCAAGAACUCAAUCUUAUCGACAAUCUGAACUCAAACCCAAUUGGGAUCCCGUCGGAUGAUACCACCGGCGACGGCGAACCAAGAAUUUUCUCAUGUAAUUAUUGCCAGAGAAAGUUUUACAGUUCACAAGCACUAGGAGGCCAUCAAAACGCCCAUAAAAGAGAAAGAACAAUAGCCAAACGAGGUCUCCGAUUGGGAUCGGCUUCUUUGUUUCCGGGUCAACCGUAUUUCUCAAGCUUAGCUUCUCUUCCUCUUCAUGGAGCUUCAUAUAACAAUAGAUUUCUUGGAAUUCAAGCUCAUUCUUUGAUUCAGAAACCGUCCAAUUUCAUGCCUAGUUCUUCUGGGUUCAAGAGUAUGUUCGCCGGAAAUGGGGCUGGAUGGUCGUCGGAGCAAAGUUUAGCACCGGCGCAGGUGAAUCGGAAUGGGGCGGCUAGAUUUGUGACGAUGGGAGUUCCGGUGGGAGCCGCCGGCGACGGUGGUUAUUGGUGGUCAGUUGGUGAUGCUACUGGUCGUAUGAAAAAGGUUAAGAAGGAUGAUAUUAAUAAGCUUGAUUUAUCACUUAAGUUAUGA